AUGAAGCAGUGGAUCGCUGCCCUAUUGAAAAUGCUGGAACAAAAGCCGACGAAGAGCAGAAAACUUCUCAGAACUCCAUACAAUUAUUCCAAAGAACCCACCAAAUCGUCGAAGUCGUCAAAGUCACGUAAUGGUGUACACAGUGUCUCCCCAUCGAAAAACACAGACACUGAGGUAACAGAAUCCAGCGCGGAAUCUGGCCCAACUCCAUCGGAAAAUGCCAGUCCGGCUGUCGAUGUUUACGAAUACAUGAGAAUGAAACUGAACAGAGCUAACGAAAAUCAAAGAAGAAAACCGAAAAAGUUAGCGCUGAGGAAUCGAAAAUUGAGGAAAACGAAGAAAGAGAAAAAUCAGAACGAUAUUCGUGUGUACAUGGUGGGAAGAAAGAUUGCCCAACCCUCGUGCAAAACCUGUGGUGCUCAAGCUGACAUUCGAGAUUUCCUUGUGGGAAAGAAGGUGAAGUGUGCACCACCAGAGGUGGAAGUCGAGGAACCAUCUACACUUACCGCUCCGCAGAAGGAACAGGCCAAGGUCACCAAAGUGAAGUCGUCCUCGAAGAGUCGAAUUGUUGGAAAGUACGUGAAAUUGAAUAAAGUUCCAACCGUUGCAGUAGUUGGGGAGUCGACCACACGUUUCGUUGGACGUCUUUCUAGCACGGCUGUCAUCUACGGGAAAACUUUUAAACUUACCAAUCUCUCUCGAAAAGACCUACAUCUGAGUGUCGCUCCAAUAGACUGGCCGGAGCACAUCCAACUUCAUCCAACAAUUUUAACUCCAGGACAAACCAGGGACAUGGCGGUUACGGUAACACGUUCGAGUGAAAGUGUUGCUUCGGAAUGCCACCUGUUAUCUAUUGUUCACCGAAAGACUACAAUGUCCCACGUUCUUACAUUCAAAAUUGACGCGAUGGCAGUACAUCACCAAGGCCCGCUUCUAACAGAGCUCUACACACCUGAGGAAGUGAAAAUGAUCACCACAUUCCGUCCAGUUUUGGAUCUUCCACGUCCACUUGACGAAAGCCAUCAACAGCCAUCAGAUGAGGCGGAAGCUACCGAGACAGUUCAUACCGUUGUCAAUAUGCUGAAGGAUGAAGUCGAUAGCAUGUGCACAGGUAUCAUUCCACAACAGAAGGUUGAAGCUGAAGGUGUGCAAACAGUUGUUGGUGCGGGCGUGACUGAGACUGUUGCUGCAAGUGUGACAGAGGUAAUUGAAUUUUUUUCUUACCGGGGGUGUAGGUUAGGAAAGAAAUCCUUAUCAGCGUUAGCCAUCAUCCAUGGGAGCGUAGCGAAUGGGAUCGCGAUCCUUGUCGCGCCUGUGGCGCUAUGGGGAAUCCUAACCGCAUCCAUCGCCCGGGUGAUCCGAACUCACACCCCAUAA